CUUUUGAAAGAAACUAAACUGUGUCAGUUUCAGGACAUAACACGAAACGUGCGUCUGUAACUCUUCUUUUUGUGUUUUUUUAUACCGUGUGUUGGUAAGACUGCCCUAAGCUGUCAAAACAACAACAAUAGCUAAAUUGUGUUUUGGUUGGUUGAAAACAUGUUAUUUCAUCUCUGUGGCAGUAGCAGCUUUUGCCAUUGAUUAAAUUCUCAUUACUUUGGCAGUCGACAUUCUAUUUUAUUUUGACAAAUGCAAUUUGCGUCGUCUGUUAAGUUUGAACGUACCUAUAUGUUAGACUCUUGAAAUGGCAGCUGACAUGUCUACUCCUGAACAGGAGAGUAAAGUUCCAGGUUAUGUGAGUGGAUCUUCUCCUGAAUAUGCUCUCUAUGAGGUUCUUAAGGACCUCUGCGCAAAUAAUGCUCAAUAUUUUGAAUCACAUGACAAUGAAAAUGGCUUACGGUUACAUGGUGCAUUCUUGGCUCUCAUUGAUCAUGUCGAGUCGGUCAAGCCUGCUGUAGAUUUUAUAAGAGUAUCUGCUUCUUCAUUUGAUUUUGAUGAAAACUGCCCUGGUAAUGGUUAUGCUAGUUUUGUAAGUGUUGUCGAUGCCUGUAUUCGCCAUGGUGUCAAGUUAUGUAAGCAAGUCUGCAUCAAUCGGGAAUCCUUCUUCUUCAGGGCAAGCUAUUACAUGAGAGAGGUUGAAGCAUGUUCGCACCUUCUGGCAUCAUUGGUGACAUGUCUUGUACAUCUUCGUCAACUAAUGGAGUGGAGUGAACCAGGUGAACUCUUUCCUGCUGGUGACCACUCCCCUCAAGAACUUCUUGCCAAGGCUGAAAGUAUUAACCAGUAUUGCUUUUACGGCCGCUGUCUUGGUUUUCAGUUUUGUGAAUCUGUUCAAAUUGUGUUGAAAGCUGUAUCAAUAGCUAUGGCUUCUUAUAGUGAUGUAUACUAUGGUGAAGGUGGCUUUGUGUCUCGUGCCACUAAUUCUGUUUGGAAUGGUGGCAAGUACUUCAUGGAUCCUGAACUUCGAGCUCGGCGCAUAGUAAAUAUUUCACAAUAUGCCGAUGUUCAGUUUUGCAAGUCUUUCUGGUUUCUGGCUGAAUCUGAGGUGAUGCAGCGCCUUCCUAUGAUGGUUUGCCCAGCUUUGAUUGUGAACAAAGUCAUCUCCAUACCCCCAGAACCUUUAGAGCAUACUCGCGCCGAUGGCAGCACCAUACAGAUACCCAUUCCCACGGUGCACAUUGGCCCUCAACCUUUGAUGGUUAGAUUGAUGUCUGCUGUGCGGAGGGAAGGGAUGGUAGGAGAAGCAGGAAACAAAUCUGAUACAAGACCACCAUCACCUGCUUUAAUUUUCCACUGCCAUGGGGGAGGCUUUGUGGCUCAAAGUUCCAGCUCUCAUGAGCCGUAUCUUAGAGAUUGGGCUCGCAGGCUGGGAGUGCCUAUACUCUCUGUUGAUUAUUCUCUAGCUCCAGAAGCACCUUACCCUCGAGCACUUGAUGAGAUGGUUUACGCAUAUUGCUGGGCUCUGAAUAACUGCCACCUUUUAGGUUCUACAGCACAACGGGUUGUGUUUGUUGGUGAUUCUGCUGGUGCAAAUCUCAACAUGGCUCUGGCCUUAAAAUGCAUUGAGCUUGGCCUACGCCCCCCAACAGGCUUGUUCAUGGCUUAUGCGCCUGUGCUGGUCUCCUUCGUUCCAUCUCCGUCCCGUUUACUUUGUCUGAUGGAUCCCCUUCUGCCUUUUGGAUUUAUGAUGAGGUGUUUAAAAGCAUAUGCUUGCCCUAAAGAAGACAAAGAGAAAUUAUCUGAAUGUGGUACAUCAGUAGACGAAACUGCUGAUUUGGCUGAAGCUGACUGUCCACUAUCUCAGACUGAGUCGGUUGAGGCCGAACCAGCAGUGGAGGCAGUGGAGGGAAACUUUGGUGUGCAGAUCAAUGAGUCACCAAGAACUGCCCCUGGAAGUGUUAGUGAUACGGAAUCAUUCGAGGAAGUCUCAGAAAGUGAUCUCGCUGCACUGGCUGCUUUGUCAGUUGGCGGCAUGUCUGCCCGACAACAUAUGCAACCUGAGGCUGACCAAAUCACUCCCAUGAGGUAUGUGUUAGAUAUGGACACAGAUUCUGAGGGCCACCAAAUUCCUGUUCUGCGAGCUUGUCCUGGAGAAGUUGCAGAGGAAAAUGUCAUCUUUCAAGUUGGUCAGCGUGUUGAUGGAUAUGGUAUACAAGAAAGAGUUAGUCAAAUGGCUGACAGCUUGGCAAGUACAGUGUCAAGUUCAUUUUCUUCUCUCUUGGCUUCCAAAGCAAGCAGUCCCUCUAACAGCAAUGUUUGUGACACAUGUGACACACCAAGGUCAGCCUGGUCCCAACUGGAUGCCCUCAUGCAACGAAGUCCAACUGAAGAAUUUAAAUUUUCAGUGCCUCGUGACCCCUAUCUGUCUCCAUAUUGGGCCACUGAUGAAGUAUUGCAACAACUUCCACCUGUCAGCGUUGUGAGUGCUCAGUUUGAUCCUUGCCUCGAUGACUGUGUUAUGUUGGCCAAGAAGUUACGAAACCUGGAAAAUAAUGUAACUCUUGACGUUUUGGGAGGACUACCACAUGGAUUUCUCAAUAUCAGUUUGCUAAGUAAAGAAGCACAUGAGGGUUCUAAACUGUGUGUCAAACGAAUCAUGGCCCUUUUGAAGAUGGAGUCUUCUCCUGAUUCCUCUCCUGAAAAGUCACCUUAGGUAGAGAAAGAAUAGAUGUCCUUAUGUUAUCUUAGUUACCUUUUGCCACUCUACACACUGCAACUUCUUUAAGUUGUCAGUCACGAGUGUACUCUACUUGCUGUGAUGAAGAGCACCAAAUCUUUGCUAUUGAGAUUGGUUCUGUAUGAGAUUACUGUUAUAAUAUGUGCCUGCAAAUCACUUAUAUCAUAUGUAGUACAUUUGUAUAUCUCUAUGUUUGUAGGUUUCUAUGGCUAUUCCGCCUACUGUAGAGAACAAAUUGCCAUUUUUGUAAAGAUAUGUUUUAAAUGCUCAAUAUGUCUAAGUGAUAAGAUCGUGGCAUUGUAGGUUUUCUGAGUCAUUUUGUUUUUAAAAAUUAUUGUUAUUACACUUUUUAUUCGUAGAGCAAUAUUUGUUUUAUAUGUUCUGUUCCCUUGUAUCUGUUUGUUAAAACAGAUGCAUUGAUAUCCUUUAAAAUAGGCUAUGUUCCAGAAAGUGAUAUGUACUGAUUUUCUACUUAAUAUUUUUCCUUUCUCAUAAAUAUUACAAAUGAGUCCUUCCAUAGCUUGGGGAUAAAAGUGCCUAGAAUUAAAUGUUUAUGACAACAAG